UCAGAACAUCUUGGGAAGAGGGUGUUCUUCUGCCAGAGCAGGGUGGGGUGGGUUUGUCUGAGUCGUGCUAAGAUCGGUGAGAAAAGAGAGAUGCUGCCCGAGCCCCUUUGCAAGGGCUUCUGGCCUGACAGGUUGUGAAUCGGGAACAAUUUCAAUCCAUUCGAGAAAACAGUCCAAAAACUAAUAAAGGGAACCACCUAGCCAUCACUGGCAAGGUUAAUGGACCGGCUCAUUCUGGAUGCUGUACACAGCUUUUUAGCUAAAGGGCCUGAAAAUCACUUAUUCAGUAUGCACAAAAAAUCGGAGCCAUUUUAGGGAAGGACACUAGGAAAAAGCAGCCUCAGAUAGAUCUCAUUUUCAGAUAAAAGGCAAAAAGAAGCAUUGCUUAUUCGAACUUUUAACAGAAUAGUACUGGGAGUUAAAGAUAGUUUCAGAGCAAGAAACCGAGCAGUUUGUCUCUUGUUUUUGCGGUUUUGCAGAGAUCUCCGUGUACUUUCGCACGCCGGCCGCCUGGUGCCGCUGCUGACCGCAGAGGCUCUGCGUAGCUCCCGGCUCCACGACCCUUGGGCUCGACCAGCCGGGGCUGCUCUGCUCGGGGGUCAGCGGGAUAGACCAACACCUCCAUUCUGCUCACGGAGGGGGAAGGAAGGUUAGCCGAGAGGGAAAUGGAGCUGAGAAAGAGGGAGGAACCGCUUCCAGGGCGAGCGUUGUUUGUAAUACUGCUUCUCUGCGUGUCGGGGGGGAGAGCAGAAACCGCCCGGUACUCUGUGCCCGAAGAGGCGGCGAGGGGCUCCCUUGUGGGAAAUAUAGUUAAGGAUUUGGGACUGACCGCUGAGGAAUUGUCGACUCGACAGGUUCGAAUCGUUCCUGAAGGAGAAAAACAGUAUUUUCAACUGGAUCAGCACACCGGGGAUUUGUUUGUGCGAGAACAGAUGGAUCGGGAGGAGCUGUGCGGGCAGAGCGAGCCCUGCCUGGUACGUUUCGAUGUAUUGUUGGAGGGUCCACUGCAGUCCUUCCGCGCCGAGGUAAGCCUCACAGACAUUAAUGAUCAUGCUCCCGUGUUCUUAAAUAAAGAGAUAAUUUUAAAGAUCUCGGAAACUACAAAGCCGAAAGCUCGUUUUUUACUGGAAAGCGCUCAGGAUCCAGAUGUGGGGAACAACAGUGUUCACCAUUACAACAUCAGCUCGAACGGUUAUUUCCAUAUCUACACUCGGCAGCGUAGUGACGGCAGGAGGCACGCUGAGCUGGUGUUGGACAGAGAGCUAGACCGGGAAAAGCAGGCAGAAGUGGUUUUUAGCAUCACGGCUGUGGAUGGUGGGUUUCCACCGCGCUCUGGUACAGCCGUUAUCCGCGUGGUAGUCCUGGAUGCAAAUGACAACAUUCCAGUAUUUACGCAGAGUCUGUAUAAGGUCCGAGUAUUAGAAAAUAGCUCCGAGGAUACCUUGGUGGCAGUCGUGUCUGCUAAAGAUUUAGACUCAGGAAUGAACGGGGAAAUAGCCUAUUCCAUAGUUCAAAAUUCAGAGGAUAAUCGAGAGACAUUUAAAAUAAAUUCAGAGACAGGGCAGAUUCGACUCAAAAAACCACUGGAUUAUGAAGAAAUAAAGACCUACGAGAUAGACGUUCAGGCCACGGAUGGAGGAGGCCUGUCUGCGAACUGCAAGGUGGAGGUGGGGGUGCAGGACGUGAACGACAACGCCCCCGAGGUAACAAUCACCUCCCUCACCAGCAGCCUCUCCGAAGCAGCCCAGCUGAACACGGUGGUGGCCCUCUUCAGCGUGCGGGACCGGGACUCAGGGGACAACGGCAGGACGAGCUGCGAGCUGCUGGGCGAGCAGCCCUUCAGCAUUUUGCCGCUGGUGGGUGAAGCGUACGCGCUAGUGACAUUGGAGGCGUUGGACCGAGAGAAGGUGUCGGGGUACAACGUGACGGUGCGGGCCAGUGACGCGGGUACUCCUGCACUCUCAACAUCGAAGACGCUGGUGGUGCUGCUCUCGGACGUGAACGAUAACGCGCCCACCUUCUCCCAGGCCAUUUACAACAUGGUGCUACGUGAAAACAAGCCCGCUGGGACGAUCCUGGGCCGCCUUAAUGCCACAGACGCCGACGCGGGUGAAAACGCCCUUGUGAGCUACAUGCUGGUGCUGACUCCACUGGAGGUCUCCGCUGCGCGGUCCUUCUUGUCGGUAGAGGCCGAGAGCGGCAUAGUGCGGGCUCUGCAUCCAGUGGACUACGAAGAGGUGCACGCCUUCGAGGUGACCGUGCGCGCCGCUGACGGGGGCUCGCCGGCGCUCAGCGCCGAGGCGCUGCUGCGGGUGCUGGUGCAGGACGAGAACGACAACGCGCCCGUCGUGCUGCACCCACCUCCCGACGGCAGCGCGGCAGCGGGCGAGUUGGUGCCGCGCUGGGCGCAGGCAGGUUACCUGGUGGCCAAGGUGGUGGCGGUGGACGCGGACGCGGGGCAGAACGCGUGGCUGUCCUACGAGCUGGCCAAGGCGACGGAGCCGGGGCUGUUCCGCGUGGGGCUGCACAACGGCGAGGUGCGCACGGCGCGGGCCGUGACCGAGCGCGACGCGCCCAGGCACAGGCUGGUCGUGCUGGUGCGAGACCGCGGGCAGCCACCGCGCUCCUCCACUGCCACCCUCACCAUCACCCUGGUGGACGGCUUCUCUGAAGCCUUCCUGCAGCUUUCGCAGGCGCAUGCGGGAAGCCCGCAGCAGGAAGAGGGCGACCACGACCUUCUCACUACCUACCUCAUCGCCUCCCUCUGCUGCAUCUCCUCACUCCUCCUUGUAGUCAUCGCAGCCUUUUCGGGGACCACGCUGUGCAAGGGUCGCCUCUGCCCGGCGCUCCCGAACUCCUCUGCUCGCAGCUCUGCUGACAGCGACUUGACUGCCGACGCCAGGGACAUGGCCGGCAGGGGAGAUCUGUGGCCGGGCUACCACUACGAGAUGUAUUUGACCAACGACUCGGGACAGAGUGACUUCAAGUUCCUGAGGCCCGUCCUGCCGAGUCCUCAGAGUCCACCAGGCUGCGCGGAGGCUGGCAAGGGCAAUAUGCUUGAGUGCAGCCCGCAGCGCGCUGGCCAGAAGAGACCUGAGCAGGGGACAGCAGCCCUUCCGUCGCUCUAA